GAACCAAUCAGAAGCGAUCUAAAAUUUUAAAUUAUUUUCGAGGUGGGGAUUUUGUCCCUGCCGCCAUAUUGUGUUGGGCUGUGAGUGCUGGAAGUGAAUAUUUUAAGUAUUUCAGUGUAAAUUCUUUACUAAUAUCAUUCGGAUUGACAAGCCUUAAGGCCAUCGAUAAGCAUGGGUGCUAAGCAGAGCAAGCGCUCGGUCGACAUAAGCGGCAAGGAGGCUGAGAGUGCAGGCGAGGUCGCUGCUGCGGGCGCCGGGGGCGAAGGCCGAGUCGAGCAGCUCGCGGACGCCGAUGCGCUUAAACCACAGCUGAAUGGUGACGCGCACAUACACGAACCAACGGAAAAACAAAAGGACAUCGACAGUGGUACUCCCGAAAAUGAAAAAGAUGCUACUACAGAAAAAGAAGCUAAAUCAAAUGAGGAGGAAAAAGAGGCGGCGCCUCUAACAAACGGAGAGAGUGAACAAAAGCUAGAGAACGGAGAGUCAACUCCUACGCCUGAAGACGGGAAGAAACCCAAGAAGGAAAAGGUCAAGAAGAAAUGGUCGCUCAGAUCAAUCAGUUUCAGCAGAAAAGACAAACCUAAACAAGAAAAGAAGCAAAAAGAAGAAGAACCCAAAACAAAUGGUGAAUCCGAGAAAGUGCCAGAGGAGGCGGCCGAAGUCGCACCCGAGCCAGCUGUUGCUGAAACAGCUGAAGAAGUUAAGACUGAAAGCGAAGUUAAAGAAGAGAAAGCUCCAGAGACACCCGUGACGGAACUGAUCACCAACGGAAGCACCACGCCUGAAUCUCCAAAAGACGAAAUCCCUGUUGAAGUAGAAGACCCAGCUGCUGCUAGCCCUGAGAUUGACAGGCCGGAGCCUCAACCAGAGACGCAACCCGAGCAGUUGCCUGUCAAUGGGCUUUCAUUAGAAGAACCUGCUAAAGAAACCGUCAAAGUUGAAACCAAUGUCGAGAGCAAAGAAGAACCCACCGCUGAUUCGACAGAAAUUGUACCUGAAAUUUCCGUCAAAAAAGAGGUUUGUGUUGAACAAAUGCCUUUGAUAGAUUCCACGCCUCCACCACUUCCCGCGAAUCCCCCUCCUUCUUCUGUGGCAUCCUUUGCUGCCACCACCAUGGCACCAGAAUCAACAGACGCUUCGCUAGCUAACACCGCUGAUAACGCAAUUUCAUCACCAACUUCUGAUCCAAUUACAAAAGAUAAACUAGACGAUCUCUCCCCUUUGCCCGAAAACGAAUUAUCCGUUACCCAAAAGGUUAGUAAUGAGCUUCCUAUUCCCGUUGAAGAAGAUAGCGAGAAAAAAUCGGUUCCUUUAGCUGAAAUCGAAACUGAAAUUGAAACUGAAAACGAAUUACACAAUGCUGUUACGACCGAGGGUACUAUUGAAGUCGUAAAUGUUAAAACUGAAAGCAUAAUGAAUGAAGAGCAAAUUGACAAUAAAACGGAAGUAGAAAAUACCGAUGCUUUACAAACAAUCGAUGCUGUGGUACCUGCACCUCCCUCCGAAGACUUACAGAACGUACCCAUAGAAAAGAAUGAAUUAACGAAUGCUGGUGAAGAUUUACCAUCCCCUCCGUCUCCAAUAUCCGAUGAAAUUGAAACUGAUAAAAUGGUCAACGAUAACGACGAAAGUACCCAAGUUACGAUUCACGAAAUCAAAGAGGUUGAAGUGAUUUCAAAUCACAUUUCGGAUUCCGAUAAAAUAAUUCUUCCCGAAAACCAGGUUGAAAAUGGGGACGAUGAAUUUGACGUUAAAGCUAAAUCUAAAGGCUCUCCGGAUAACUUACUCGAAACAAUAGAGUGUAACGGCAAUUCUGAGGAAGAAAAGCUAACUUCGAAUAAGGAAGUUUUAGAAAUUGUACCAGCGAACGAUCCCAAGGAAAUGAAGACCGUAGAAUGUGUGAGGACGACGACGACACCCGAUGACUCGAUGCCGCCGUCGCUGUCGGAGGCGAACGAGUCGGGUCCGGCGGCGGGCGCCACCGACGAGUCGGAGUCGUUCCCGCUGCCGCCCAGCGAGCUGUGCCGCUCCGAGUCCGUCUCGCCGGAGCACGACGCGCCCGCACAGGAGCCCCUCCCAGUGAGUGACAAAUUGGCAGACUUGAUCCCAGAGGUCCCAGACGUGCCAGAACUCAAAACGGAAAUGGAGACGUCGAGCGACGUGGCGGUGGCCAACUAAAAUCAUCACAGAAGCAACACCCCAUCGUCCGCGACACGUAACUGUGUCUAAAAUGAGCCUUUAAUUUAUUUCGAUUUAGUGGUGUAUUGUCGAACUAAGUUCGUUCAAUAGUUUACAUCGUCAAAAUGUGGUUUUCAGUUCAGAUGUGACGUUUCAUAUAGAAUGAUUAUACUAUAAGUUUAGCGUGCUUUGCUUCUAUAAAAUUAAGAUUUUAUACAUUUUAUUCGCUAGAAUCGAGUUUUUAUAAUUAUAUUACAUUAACAAAGUUAUAUCUAGACAGUAUACGGUGCGAUAAGUUGGUGCCAUUAUUACAGGGGUAUUAGUUUGACGUUGUCACGUGUCGCUCUUAUAUUAGCUCUCCCAUGUCUCUAUUACUUUUAGACACAUUCGGGUAUAACGCGCAGAUUAUUUCGCAACCAUCACUCAAUAUUAUAAACAAGGUUUCAAAAAUAACAAACAAAUAAAGUUACACAAACAGCGUCAUCCUUAAUUCGGCUGGGAAAACAAAAAAAAAUCUUAUGCAUUGUGUACAACCACUGUACUUGUAUCAGAAGAUGUUUGAAACACGGAAUGUUUAUUUUUUCUUAUUAUGUACGAUACGUAGACCCGUCAAUGAUGAUCAGUGUCAUCAGUUUAGUAAAUAAUUUGAAACAUUAUUUUAUUAUGUAUAUAUGAACACCGAUUUCAUUUACUCUUAAAACACAAAUAUUAUGUUAAUUAUCAAAUUGAAGUUUGAAGUAACUUGUAAAUUGUUAAGUAUGAGGGAAUAUUGAAAUCUCAUUAGUUUAUGCUAUAUUCAUUGUGUUUUAAUUCUAGUUUAUAUUAAGUUGUAUAAAUUUAGUCUGUCAGCAGCUCUCUGUAAUGCAAACUGAUAAAAUUUUAUUCAUUUAGUAAAUGACGGAAUGUUGCUCCUAUGUGUAAUGAGAUAUACUAUAAGAAGGCAUUUUUGGUAAAGUAGAGUGUGAUUGUUGAAUCUAAAUUUAAUGGAUGUGGAUGGAUUUAUUGUUUCAAAUUGAUAUUUAGUGGCCAAGUUUGUGAUUACUAUACAAUUUAUGAACUUAUACAGACAUAAUUAUAUUGUACUAUUUAGAAUUGUAGUAUGUGUAACGAGUUAGUAAAGGCGGUAUGGUUAUUAUCAACCGCUAAUAGUAUAUUGGUUUCAACCUCAUUCUUACAAAUACAAUUAAAUGACUUAUAAGGUUUGAUAUUACUAUACAAUAUUAAGGUCAUUUUCUAUUUAACUAUAACUAUGUGUCCAAUAAUCGUAUGGUUUCAAGAUCAUUUUUGUAAUUUUAUACAUUUUUUAUGAAAUUUAAAUGUGACACACUGCACGAUUGGGAGAAGUACUCCAGGUAUAUAAACAGUAAACAUGAGUGAGACAUUCCAUAUCAAGUGCAAACUAGAUUGUCUAAAAUUCUGUAAUAUUGCAUACAAUGUACUCGAAUUACUUCGUAAACUGUCGAGACGAUCUCAUGGUAAGAAAGUGAGUCGUUUUACAUAUA